UUGGCGGGUGCCUAGGCCUCUGCAGAGGCGAAUCCGGCGGGAAUCGGAGCCAUCAGAACCGCCACCAUGACUGUGGGCAAGAGCAGCAAGAUGCUGCAGCACAUCGACUACAGGAUGAGAUGCAUCCUGCAAGAUGGCCGGAUCUUCAUUGGCACCUUCAAGGCUUUUGACAAGCAUAUGAAUUUGAUCCUCUGUGAUUGUGAUGAGUUCAGGAAGAUCAAUCCAAAGAACUCCAAACAAGCAGAAAGGGAAGAGAAGCGAGUCCUUGGUCUGGUGCUGCUUCGAGGGGAGAACCUGGUCUCCAUGACAGUAGAAGGACCCCCUCCCAAAGAUACUGGCAUUGCUCCAGUGCCACUUGCUGGAGCUGCUGGGGGCCCAGGAAUUGGCAGGGCUGCUGGCAGAGGAAUCCCAGCUGGUGUUCCUAUGCCCCAGGCUCCUGCAGGUCUUGCUGGACCAGUCCGUGGGGUUGGUGGGCCAUCCCAACAGGUAAUGACCCCACAAGGAAGAGGCACUGUUGCAGCUGCUGCUGCUGCUGCCACUGCCAGUAUUGCAGGAGCUCCAACCCAGUACCCACCAGGCCAUGGGGGUCCUCCACCACCUAUGGGCCAAGGGGCACCCCCUCCAGGCAUGAUGGGCCCACCUCCUGGUAUGAGGCCUCCUAUGGGUCCCCCAAUGGGGAUUCCCCCUGGACGAGGGACCCCGAUGGGCAUGCCCCCUCCAGGAAUGCUGCCCCCUCCCCCAGGGAUGCGCGGCCUUCUUUGACCCUUGGCCACAGAGUUAUGGAAGUAGCUCCACAGAGGCGUGGGCCCGAUUCCCCAGGGCCACAUUACCACAGACCUGU